AUGAAUGACUGCCCGGCAAAAGGAAAACGAUGUAAUGCCUGCGGCAAAGAAAACCACUUUUCAAGCGUCUGCAUAACCAGCGGUAGGCUCAAGUUAAAACAGAACAAUACCACUAGACAAAUAACAAGGCAAACAGACAGCGACGAUGACAAUUUUGAUGAACAGAGCAUACACACAUUUGCUGUGAAGAGACACAACAACCCAACUACAAAAAUUAUGAUACCAACUCAACUCAACGCAAAAAGGGUCGAAAUGCUAUAUGAUCCAGGAGCAGUGCAUUCCGUAAUUGGAAAAAACCUAUGGAAUUCUAUUGGACGUCCACCACUAAAGAAAUGCAAGAACCUUAUGGCUUACACGGAAGUAGAAAUCGAAACAUUAGGAACAUGCGAGAUAACAGUUAAUGCUUUUAACAUUCAGAAGGUAUUGACCGUUUACGUUACGCUACGAAACGAUAUUCCACUUUUUGGGCUGGAUUGGUGCUUAAGUUUCAAACUACCUUUGCCCCCUGGAGCCAGGCUGUGCAAUAUAAAAACACCUGCAGCAAUAACCUCAACCCAGCACGACACAAAACAUAACAACGCAGUACAGAACAUCCUUCAAGAUUUCAAGUCACUCUUUGACGGUAAACUUGGAACUAUAAAAGGGCAUAGUGCUAAGAUUCACAUACCUAACGACGUGACGCCCAAAACAUUUCGACCUCGCCCGGUACCACUCGCCUUACGUGAACAAGUGAACAGCGAACUACAACGACUAGUCCAAGAAGAAGUUAUAGAACCAGUUGACACUAUGUCGACUCCAAUUGAAUGGGCCUCCCCAAUUGUCAUUGCAAUUAAGGCUAACGGAAGCAUCCGCAUUUGCGCCGACUUCAAAGUUACUAUAAACCAACAUGUCCAAACCGAUGAUUAUCCACUUCCCAGAUUUGAAGAGAUUACAUCAAAAUUGUCUGGAGGACAACUGUUUACAAAGAUCGACCUGAAAGAUGCAUACCUACAACUGAUGAUCCAUCCAGAAUCGCGGAAAUACUUAACGAUUUCAACACAUAAGGGCUAUUUUCGCUACAAACGCUUACCAUUUGGAAUUUCUUUUGCGCCGGCCGUUUUUCAAAGGACAAUGCACCAGAUCCUCAGUGGCAUUGAUGGUGUUGUUUGUUAUCUUGACGACAUUCUUAUAACAGCCCAUAACUUAGAAGAACAUCUAACACGCGUAAAAACGGUACUAAAAAGGCUACAAGACGCCGGAGUGAAAAGCCAAGUAAAUAAGUGCGCUUGGUUACAGGAAAGUGUCACCUUUCUAGGACAUAAAAUAGACGCCAGCGGUCUACACCCGACGGAAGAAAGAAUCAAUGCAAUUAAGAACAUGCCUAUUCCGGCCAACACAACGGAACUCCGAGCACUACUAGGCUCGUUAACAUAUUAUGGCCGUUUCAUAGACAGCCUUCACAUGAGAUGCGCCCCAUUGUACAGACAUCUAAAAAAGAACCAAAGGUGGAACUGGACCGAAGAAGACACAAGAAUAACGAACGAACUCAAAAACAUCCUGACGUCAUCGGACACGCUCGUACACUACGACGAAAACAAACCGAUAUAUCUCAGCAGUGACGCAUCAGAGAAGGGACUUGGUGCUGUUCUAUUUCAUAAAAUCAACGAGACGAUGAGACCCGUGGCGUAUGCUUCGCGAACACUCUCCGACGUCGAACAACGAUACUCGACUAUCGACAGAGAAGCAUUAGGGAUCGUGUAUGCUGUCACGAAAUUCCACCAAUAUCUUUAUGGUAGAAAGUUCAUCCUGUUAACAGACCAUAAACCCCUGGAAAGGAUUUUCAGUCAAGAUCGAGAAACACCCAAAAUCGCUAGCAACCGGCUCCUUAGAUGGGCCAUGAUCUUAAACAGCUAUGAAUAUUCUAUCCAUUACCAGGCAGCACGAGAAAACACCCCCGCCGACGCACUAUCAAGACUACCGAUCGCAUGCAACGACACAACACUAGAAGAAAGAACCGGGCUACCGCAAUUCGCCCACUUACUACAUCUGAGACUCGAGAACAUUCCUUUAACAAAACACGAGCUACAAAAACAAACACUCAAAGACAAGACGCUCAACAUUAUCAAAAAUUAUAUCAUAACGCAUUGGCCAGAUAAGAAAGACCUUUCCAACGGGCUGCACACGUUUUAUGAAAAAAGGGACCAGAUAUCAUACGAAGACGGAAUCUUACUUUGGAACGGAAGACUCGUCAUACCAGAAACACUCCGACCACAGAUCCUGGAAAUGCUACACGACGGCCAUAACGGCAUCACAGCUAUGCAGUCACUGGCACGUCUUCACGUAUAUUGGCCAAACAUUGACAAAGACAUAUUAACUUUCUCAAAAAGGUGCAGUCUAUGUCAGCAGUCCAGAAGCAACACGAAUGAAGCUCCGGUGUUUCCGUGGGGAAUACCAGUCGAGCCUUGGCACAGGUUACAUGUAGACUACGCGGGGCCAUUCUUAGGUCACAUGUGGUUAAUAGUUAUAGACGCCUAUACGAAGUGGCUAGAGGUUGUGCCGAUGAACGUUACAACGACGAGGGCAACAGUGCAGAGAUUAAAGAACAUAUUUGCUACAUUUGGAACACCAAGAUAUCCACUCACAUGA